GAAAACAAAAAAACAACAAAAACUUCCCCUAGGAAGUGAGAAAACUUGGCACUUUCCUACGGCUAUGAAAGCAGUUGUGAGGCAUCAUUCGGCGGAGAAACACGUAAAAUAGUCACAAGUCGAGUCUCCGGAAUCCGGCCAAUUAUUUAUAAGCUUUUCCUUCAAGCCACCUCGUAAAAAGUGAUACCAAAAAUAGUUCAAAGGAAGACAAUGUCCUGCCACCGGAAUGCUAAUGGCUUAAGUGGAGCAAUCAUUGCCUUCCUUGUGGUUUUCGCUUUGGCAGGAGGCGUUCGGGCCCAGGACUUUGGCUAUGAGGGCAGAUCAGGACCCGCACAUUGGGGCGAGGAGUACGCCCGCUGCACUGGCAAGCACCAAAGCCCCAUCAACAUAAACCACGUGAGUGUCAAGCAGAACAGCUAUCCCAAGCUGGAGUUCCACAACUUUAACGUCGAGCCCAAGGCCAUGCUAGUGACCAACAACGGGCACACGGUCCUGGUCAAGAUGAGCUUCAAUGAGGGCAAAGCGCCCAGGGUCAAGGGAGGUCCUUUGGCCGAGAAGUCCUCUGUGGGCUAUCAGUUCAAGCAGUUCCACUUCCACUGGGGUGAGAACGACACGGUGGGUAGUGAGGACAAGAUCGACAACCAUGCCUACCCCGCAGAGCUGCACGUGGUCCUGAGGAAUUUGGAGUAUCCCAGCUUUGCCAGUGCCUUGGGAAAGGACCAUGGCAUUGCCGUGAUGGCCUUUUUCUUUCAGAUCAGUAGCACUGCAACUGGGGGCUACUCCAAUUUCACAAGUUUGUUGCCACAAAUCGAAAGAAAAGGGCAAUCCGUGAAGAUAACCAGGACAUUUCCAUUACGCCAGUAUUUCUCCAAGGACUUGAGCAAUUACUACACCUACACAGGAUCCUUGACCACUCCUCCAUGCAGUGAAGAGGUGAUUUGGAUGGACUUUCGGACUCCCAUUGACAUAACCGAAAAGCAGCUUAAUGCCUUUCGCCUGCUGACGGCCCACGAUGAUCACCUGAAGAAUAAUUUCAGGCCCACACAACCCCUGAAUGACAGACCCGUUUACAGUAACCGAGAAGAAGCUCCACUGUUUGUGGACUCAUCUGCUGGAGAAAGGACUCCCCAUUUCAAAACCGUAUUUUUGGUUACUCUCCUCGCAGUUGUACUAAAAGAUGACGAUUUAAGCGAAGCUUAGUUUUAACUUUAAAGUUACAAAUGAAAAAAAAAAACAAAGAUAAUAAAAUGAACUACGUGCUGGCAUCUGACAGUCAAAAAUAUAAA